AUGCUAGAAGAUUGGCUGAGCGGGCCUUUCGACGCGUAUUAUCCCCACUGUGAUGAGAAUAAUGUGCAGCCGGUGCCCGCACGGGACGAUCUGACGCAAGCGCAGCCCUAUUCGGCGAAUCAAGCGUUUACCCUUCUGUUAUCCCCUUCAAAUCCAGUCCAGCCGCCACCACCUCCCAAUCCGGUCCAGCCGCCACCACCUCCCAAUGUGGUCCAGCCGCCACCGCCUCCCAAUGUGAUCCAGCCGCCACCACCUCCCAAUCCGGUCCAGCCGCAACCACUUCCCAAUCCGGUCCAGCCACCACCACCUCCCAAUGCAGUCCAGCCGCCACCGCCUCCCAAUCCGGUCCAGCCGCCACCACCUCCCAAUCCGGUCCAGCCACCACCACCUCCCAAUCCGGUCCAGCCGCCACCACCUCCCAAUGCGGUCCAGCCGCCACCACCUCCCAAUCCGGUCCAGCCGCCACCACCUCCCACUGUGGCCUUCAAGUGGGAAACUCCAAGAGAGAUCCGGAACAAAGCGGAGAAGAAGCGACGCGAUAAAAUGAAUCGAUCAAUAGCGCAGCUGGCCGCCAUCGUUCCAUCAGUUGUGGCUUUGGGACGUAAGGUAGACAAGAAUAGCGUGUUGAAGCUGUCCGCACAUUUCUUACGAGCGCAUCAACACGUGUUUGGUGACGCAAUCAAUUCAGAGCAACAGUUCAAAGAGAAUUCAGCUCGAGCACUCCUGGGACUUCUGAAGGGGUUCAUUCUUACCACUACGUACAAAGGCUUGGUAGUAGUUGUCUCAGAAAAUGUUCAACAGUAUCUUGGAUAUACUGAGAUGGACUUAAUCGGUGAGAGUAUUUUUAACUUUAUUCACGAAGAAGAUCAUCAAAUGCUUAGGGAACAACUCAUGCCAAAGAGCUGCCUUUUGAGACCUAACGGUGAACUUCUUAUUCCUGAAUCGCCUGACGCAGAACAAAAGGUUGCUGAUAUACUUGCUAAAGAAAGGAGAAGAUUUAUUAUUAGGUUUAAAAAACUUGGUCAACGUUCAGAGCCAAGAAAAUAUGUCACGUGUCAUGUUGAGGGUACAAUGAGGAAAUCGGACAAGGCCUGCCGUAACAACAAGCAAUGCUGUCGGACGGUGCGACGCAUUAGGGCGAGAAGGGGCAAUCCUUGCUCCAGUGGAAACGAUGUGGUUUUUGUAGGAUUGGUACGCCCUACGAGCGAGACAUUUAUCAGCGACAACAUCCUUGAAUCUUUCCGAAUGGAGUACCGCACCAGGCACUCCAUUGACGGCGAGAUCAUCGAUUGUGAUUCACGUAUUUCCCUCGUGACUGGCUAUAUGAAGCAUGAAGUAAAAGGAGUCAACGCGAUGAAUUUUAUGCAUCGAGAUAAUGUUCGAUGGGUUGUAAUAGCGCUGCGAGAAAUGUACGAUAACCACCGACUGGUUGGAGAAUCCUGUUACCGUUUGAUGACUAAGAAUGGAGAUUUCAUAUACAUGCAGACCAAAGGAUUUCUAGACGUUGACCAAGACUCACGUGCUGUUAGAAGCUUCGUUUGCACUAACACAGUUGUUGAUGAGCAAACAGGAAAACGUCUAAUUAAGUUGAUGAAAAAGAGAUUCAUGCUUAUUGUGAACAAUAGUGAAGAAAACAUACCUGAUGAUGAUGAGACGGGAAAGGUCAACGAUAAUGCUCUUCCGGUCGAAGAUCCAAAAGAAUUAGAGAAGGUUAUUUUACAUUUGGUGACCAAUUUGCCAUCUCCACAGCCUGAAUCUCCUCAAACUGCUUCUCCUGAUCACAAUGAUAGUCCUCCAUUCCAUCUCUCUAUAAUUCCACCACAAAAAGAAAGAAUCGUCAACGCUAUAGAAAAAAUAUAUAGUGUUAUAAAAACAUUUAAUAAGGAACCAAUAUCUAAAAUGAAACCUUACAAAGCUAUUAAAGAAAACGAACAGAGAAAUUAUGAAGAAAUUGGAAAAAUAUCCAAUGAGACUCUACCAACUACUUUUACAACCACACUAACAUCGGUUAGCGUCACUGAUGUAGAUUCUUAUUCGGUCUCAAGAUUGCUAUCUUUGGAUAACACUUCGUUACAACGACCUAAUAGUAUUUUUCGAAGUCUUUCCUCAACAUCUGGCGUAGAUGUUGAUUUAGUUUCACCUACUAGCUUUUCACAAAGCAGCAGCACAUUUAUUCCACAGCCCGAACCGUCUGGAUUUUGUUCUUCAGUUGAUCCUAUUUUAUUAGAACGUUUUUAUUCAACACAAAUUGUUGAUGACUCCCACAGAUAUGGUGGUGAUUCAUAUGCUUUCGAACAUUAUAACAGAGCUAGAAGUCCUACUCAUACGAAUUCAGUGAUGCCUGAAAAAACUUACACUUCAGUUUUUACCAAUACGUCAAUAAUUACUUCAAACACGAAUUUCAACUCAGAAAAUAUCGUAAACCGCCAUAUAAAUAUGUAUUCUAACACUUUAAUAUUGCCAUCAUUUUCUGAUAGAAAUUAUAUUAUUCCACCUUCUUCUGAUUCAACGAGAUUAUUGCAAAUAUCAUCAGGAAAUCAUCACUUACUAAGUUUAAACAACGAUUCCUAUCGUGCUGAAAAGGGUUUCUCAAAUUACGUAACUCCAUUAGGAAAUUACUUUUCUCCUAUAAGUAGUCCUUCAACAUCUUAUCCAUCGGCAAUUACAGAUUCUUCAUCAACAUUUGUAGCAGAUGCCAUCUACCCGAAUUAUGAAAUGAUAAUUCCAACUGAUACUUCAACUGUAAUAGAUAAAAGAUAUAAAAACGCACAUUCACUUUAUGAUACUGUGGUGCACACUAACCGUCAACUUAUGGAGAAUUAUGGGUCUGAUGAACAAAAUAAAAAAAAUAAUCAACCGUUACCCGAAACUGUCACAAGUAAUCGAAUUGACUAUUUGGAAAAAAAACCAAUGAUUGUUGCUCCCACAAGUUCUGGAAAUAAAUCUGAUCUUAUAGAAGCAAAACAACUGACACAUGAAUUAGCGGGUUAUAUCAAAAGUAAUAUGGAACCAUCGAUUUCCUCGGAACCCAUUCGUUCUGGUGUUUCAGUAUCAAGCACAAUUUCUUGUGGUACAAAACGUCGAAACGAUUUUGAAGAUAUUGAUGAGAUUGCCAAAAAAAAGAUAGCUUUAGAUAUGACUGUUAGAGCAACGGAUUCAUUCGAAGAGGAAUCCAUUUUGUGUGCCAAAUAUCUGGAUAACGAUGAGUUGACAGAAUCUGCUUUAGAACAAGAGCUAAAUUCCGCUUUCCCUGAAUUGACGCCAAAUGAGGAGAAAAAAGGAGAGAACUAA